UCUCUUUAAUGCUGGACAUACCCCCGCUAGUGCGUAUAAUACAUACAUGGAAGAAAUUCAACUAAAAUAUGACAAUAAUGAAGUAGUGCUAGCUGAUAGAGCAAUUUGUCCACAUAAACAUGAUAUCUAUAAUCUCCAGUGA